AUGGCCUUCAACUUCAAUCCGGGCAGCAACACGCCGAACAACAAGCCUUUGUUCGGCGCCAGCUCGUCUGCGGCAGCCGCUCCUCUCUUUGGCGCCGCAAACCCUACGAGCACCGGCGCAAGCACGCCCGCUGCCGGAGGUCUUUUUGGCGGCGGCGGCGGCAGCGCAACCGCGGGCUCUUCUCUCUUCGGCGGCGCUUCCACCACGCCGGCUGCGCCCAAGCCCGGCGGUCUCUUUGGCCAAACCCCAGCAGCCGCGCCCGCAAGCUCUGGGACGACGCCCUCCUUCUCUGGCUUCGGCGCCGCUGGCAAGCCCCAGACGCAGACGUCCAAGCCCACGCUCUUCGGCACUGCGACAGGUGGAGCCGCUCCGAGUUCUGGGUCUUCGUUCGGUUUUGGCACAGCUGGAUCAGCCCCGGCUGCGACGCCCGCGCCCAAGUCGGCCUUCUCCCUCCCCUCGACCACCCCCGCUGGCGCCCCUCCUGGCCCUGGUCUGUUCGGCCAGAACCAGGCUGGGGGGAACCUUUUUGGCGGUGCGAAGCCAGCAGCGACCACCUCCGCUGCUACACCGAGUCUGUUUGGAGCCACGCCAGCCGCAAAGCCUCUGGGCAGCUCCGCGCCCGGCACGAGUCUUUUCAACAUCGGCACUGCAGGCGCAUCCAAUGACGCGACCAAGACUGCUUCCCCUGCGCCAACAGGUCUUUUUGGCGGUGGAAACCAGGCAGCGCCGUCUGCCACCCAAGACACACCCAAGCCGUCAAUGUUCGGAAACCUAGGCAGCACUACUCCGGCAAGCAAGCCCCCUGGGUUCAACGUGGGACCAACACCAGCUGCACAGCCAGCUUCCUCACAGCCUCCAGCCGCUUCCGGGUUUUCCAUGGGUCUGGGGGGACUGGGUGGAGACAAGCCAGCCCCGACAUCUUCAGCAGCCCCUACGAGUGGUUUGUUUGGGGGCGCAACAUCCUCAGCAGCUCCUACGAGUGGCUUAUUUGGUGGCGCAACAUCAAGCGCAGGUGCUCCUGCGGGCGGUUUGUUCAACUCCAGCAAACCUGCUGCAUCCACGCCCGGAAGCACACCAGCGACAAGUGGAGCUCCCACGACGGCAGCACCCGCCCCAUCACUAUUCCCCAGUCUUGGAGGUGCUAGCUCUACGCCCGCUGCUUCGGGGACUCCAACAUCAACAAGCACUGCGCCGAGCAUGUUCGGCGGCCUGGGUGGAGCGAAGCCUGCGGCCAGCGCUGCACAACCGUCAGCAUCCACACCCACAUCCACUACUCAGCCCGGCGCUCCUGCCACAGCUCCAGGCACGACAGGAGGGUCUACAGCAGCCGGACUGGGAGCCUCCACUGCCGGGCCUGCCCCAUCCGCCCAGUCCCGUCUGAAGAACAAGAGCAUGGACGAGAUCAUCACGCGAUGGGCCGCCGACCUGUCAAAAUACCAAAAGGAAUUCCAAUCCCAGGCCGAGACAGUCGCGCAAUGGGACCGCGCUCUCGUCGAAAACUCGGACAAGGUCCGCCAGCUCUACUCGAAGACGUUCCAGGCCGAACGCGACGCGACUGAGGUCGAGAGGCAGCUCACUAUGAUGGAAGAGAACCAGCAGGAGCUCGACUCGUACCUCGACCGCUACGAGAAGGAGAUUGAGAACCUUAUGAAGAUGCACGGCGUGAGCGGGAAGUCGGAUGGCUUGCGUGGACCUGAUCAGGAGCGCGAGCGGACAUACAAACUCGCCGAGAAACUCCAAGACCGCCUCAACGAGCUGAACAAGGACCUCACCGAGAUGAUCGAGGAGAUCAACUCCACAUCCCAGACCCUCAGCAAGACAGGCAAGCCUGACGAUCCGGUAAGUCCCUUGUCGUUAAACCCCCCGUCCGUCCGUGGAACUGCAAGAAUAGCGCUAAUGCCAUCCCCGCAGUUGACAAAGGUCGUUCGCGUCCUCAACACCCAGUUGUCCCAGCUCCAGCUCAUCGAUUCUGGUGCCUCGCAGCUCCAGGAUAAGAUUAAUAAGGCGCAGAGGGAGAGUCAGCGUGUGGGCGCUAAUGGCUGGAAUGGUUUGGGGACGGAUCCGACGGAGGACUUUUAUCGCAGUUUUAGGGGUGGGCGGUAAGGGGCUUUUGGUCUUGCUCUGAGGGGGUAUGUAGCGUUUGAGCAGUCGCAUGGGUAAUUGAUUGCACGCAUGGGCGUUUGAUGGCGUCAGUGUGUUGGGCAGAUUGAAGGAUAGUAAGUAUGUGUGUAUGUUUAAGAAAUGGUAUGUAUUGGAAAACGAGAACGAACACAUGUCAAUCGAUCUGCAUUUACAACUUUUAACCCAUAUCAUAGCAAUCUCGUUAGUCAGGAAAAAUUUGGAAAACGAGAAUGAACACACUUUUCGCUUUCGGUCUACACUCUGACCCAAAUCAUGGCAAUUUCGUGGACUCAGAAAGAAUUCAUUGAACGUGUUUUUUUGUCACGUUUUCAGUAGCUAGACG